CGGGUUUAUUUCUUCGGAAAUGGAAACUUUUGGAGGGUGUCUUGCCCUUUAGAGUGGAAAAAAUAUUACAAUUAUUUUUUGGACAAGUCUACUGCGCAGCAUUGAAAUUGCUGAGAAGCCGAGAAGUGCCGAGAAAAGAGAAACUGCGAGAAACAUGGCUGCAAUUGCGUGCUCGCUCCGUGUUACUGUGAUCGCUUAAUUGAGAAGAAAUUAGUGAAAUAAUUCAAGAUUGUUUUAUCGGCGACUUAAAAUAUUUAAGCAAUGUCCCAGUGCUUUCGAUCAAUCUCCAGCAAACUUCCUCCGUUUGUUGGAACAAGAAAACAAUUAACACAAUUCGACCGACAGCUGCCAAAACACAUAAAAUCAUCUACUUUUUUGGAAGAGUUUCUUGGAGCACGGAGUGUCCUGAAUCCCGCAGUCGCUUUAAAAGAAUCACCAGAAUCCAGCAAGAAUUUUCCGCUUUUCCUCUUAUUUACAAACAAGUCAAAUUCAUUGCUGGAUGAUUCAGUAGUUCCUUUGAAACAAAAUGGGCAAAAGGAAGGCUGGAUUGCAAAGUUUGAGGACUUAGAGGAACUCCAAAGUUUGAACAUCCCCUUAUCAGUGGUACAACCAAUUGAUACAUCACUUGAAGCUAAAUGGAGGAAUAAUAGACAAAAAGUAACGAGGAAACAACAAAGUAAAUAUGUACAGGAAGUGUAUCACAAAAGGGCUUCCUUCACGAUAAAUGAUCAUGCUCUUAAUCAAAUGAUUCCUCCCGAUAUUGAAAACACAACCGUGCUUUUGACGAGUGGAGGACAUAAUCUUGAAGCAGAAACAACGAAAGAUGUUUCAGAAGGUGGUGAUAGUAAACCCAGUCAGGAGCAGCUAGAGCAUGUAUUUAAUAAUCUUAGGGACGAGUUACCGUUUUUAUUCGUAAGAGUAAUGGACUAUUCUGUCUAUCGUCCAGAUAUUGUGUUUGUAAAUAAUAUUCGAGGGAUAAUGACAAAGGGCAUGUUUGGUUACGUGAAACAAGUUGCUUUAGUGAGGACAAUUGGACAUUUGAAAUUCGCCUACAUUAAAUUCGAUAUAUUAAAAAUCACUAUGCAUCCUGAAGAUGACAGCAUUAAAGUCCGUUGGCGCAUUCGAGGAGUACCAGGCCUGAAAGUAUUUGUAACAUUCUGGAAAUUCAAGUUCUGGAAAAUAUCGGAAGCUAUUAAGAGAGACCAAGAGACGUGGUAUGAUGGAUUCUCUACUUUUUACGUCGACGGUCAAGGUAAAAUAUACAAACAUGUGGCAGAUAAAAUGAUGCCUGAUCAGGACUCAAUACUUCCUAAAGACAAGACAGCAAUUGCCGCAAAGCUGGCAUUAUUCUUAGGCAUCGAAGACUUUAGAAACAUUGUCCCUGACGCGUCCUCUGCGAUUUCCAACUUGGGCAACUUUUUCUUUCAAUCGGGGAAAGGAAAAGGUUUAGAGAAAGCCAUGUUGAAAAUGAAAUAAUCAAGACGCACACUAAUCGAACGAUCGAGUAUAUACGAACGAAGCUUUAGCCACAAUAGUGCAAAAUUCAUUUUGCAAUAAUACAGCUAAGUACUGCAUGUACGAACUACACGUACUAAUGUGUCAAGAGAUAAUUUAUAUCGAACAUUUUUGCAUUUUCAGUGUACAUUUCAAAUACUUUAUGUCAGGCCCUUUACACGUUAGCAUUUUUGAUUCCCGGCUAUAUUUAACACAUCUGAGCUUUUGAUGUGUCUCUUUAUUCUAAGAAUGUAAGGUUUCUUAAAUUUAUGAAUCAUUGUAGGGAAUAAUAAUUUCAUUUUGAAUUCAAUCGAUAAAAUCGCUUUUUUUCAUAACUGUAUGAAGUGAAUAUUUCAUUUAAAUCAUGAAAGUCCUAAGUAUAAACUCCAUCGUCGCAUUUGCAACAAGUUUUGCUUCCACAGAAAUGGUAUUACCUAGAUCGAAUUGUAGAAACACAGCUUUUCACUUUGCUUUCGUGUUUUUCAUUAACGUAACUUUUGCGAACUUAUCGCAUGCGAUAAGUUGUAGGCAUUGCAGGUCUUAUAAUCACAACGUGUUAGUACUUGUAAUAUACUAUUUAUUAUCACGUAUUUAACUAAAUUAAGUCUCAAUGGAAUGUAGAUUUGCUAAGAUUGUUCAAAUACCAAACAAUUUCAUAACCUGCGUAAAAUUUUACUUCCAGCAUUUCGAACUAAUGAAUAACUAUGUUGGAUGAUUCUUGUAUUGGUCAUUUAGUUGUACAUAAUGCAAUCGUAUUUUUAAAAUAAAAUUAUUAUUAUUACUACAAAA